AUGUCGACCUUCGACACCCUCGUCGACGACCUCACGCGCGAUGUGCAUCGUGCGCAGCCAAAAGACGCCCUUCAAUUCUGCGCAAAUUGGUUCCAGUCCCGCCUGGAAGAACAGCGAGCUCGCACACGAGACAUCUUGGCCCAGCGCUCGUAUUCGGUUACAGGUUCCCUGCCAAAAGAGAUAUAUGUCGAUACCCCGCUCGACACCGUCGCAAAUGGCACAGCAAUGCAGUCGUCCUUCUCCCCAUUCACAGUCGCGACGCCUCCUCGAUUGUCACAUAAGGCCUCACUCCCGGCCAUCGAGAGACUGAGGGACAGCGUCAGUGUAAGAGACAGUGUCAGCCUGAGAGGUAGCAUAUCUCAUCAACCAAGUCCGUUCGGCACCCUCAACGUUCCCGGAAAUGCUCUGCUGUCCGAAGAUCAGGACGGACCACCCACUUUUCAGAUCGAUGGCCGCGACAUGGCACCGACAUCGCCACUCACCACAGGGGUUCCUAACCCAUUCGCUGGAUUCGACGGCAACAAUAACCUGUCUGCAGUGAAUGCGAACCCAGGAGACUAUCUACACCCUCCCAUGUCUGCCAUUUUUGCGCGCCGAACGUCUGUUUCUGCCGAGUCAAUCCUCGUUGACAGUGGGAACGACGAACCUACACCCGUCUACCAAAAAACUCCAGAACAACUCAGCAGAAUCAGAGCCUCAAUAGGCAAGAACUUCAUUUUCAGAGAUCUAGACGAGGAGCAGGAGACGGGCGUACUGAAUGCUAUGCAGGAACAGAGGGUUAGCACCAACGAAGUGGUGAUUAGGCAAGGUGACGUGGGCGAAUACUUUUAUGUCGUCGAAUCUGGCCUGCUGCAUUGCUACAUCCAUGCCGAGCCUCUCCCCCCAUCAUGGGUCACAGAAAACAAGAACUGCCCCGGCACCAUAGUAAUGGACACGGGGACUGCGUUUGUCCAGCCAGGCUACCACCCAGAGUUCGGCCGCGAAGUCGCAAAAUGCACGCCAGGGAACUCCUUCGGUGAGCUCGCGCUGAUGUAUGGGCACCCUCGUGCUGCAACGGUUCUCGCAAAACAACCAUCUGUCUUGUGGGCAGUGGACCGAAUAACAUUCCGGACCAUCAUCCUGAAAGCGGCACAUCGCAGACGCACCAUGUACGAACAAUUCCUUUCCUCGCUAUCCCUUCUAUCGUCUCUGGAUCCCCCCGAACGAAGCAAAAUCGCAGACGCGCUGCAGAGCCGAUCGUACGAAGACGGGCAGCCUGUCGUUAGGCAGGGAGAGAUGGGGGACACCUUCUUCUUCGUGGAAGAUGGUGAAGCAGUUGUGACGAAGCGCCAUGAAGGUGGUGAAGAGAUUGAAGUCGGACAUCUCAAGAAGGGGGAUUAUUUUGGUGAACUAUCCCUUCUCCGCCUUGCCCCCCGAGCAGCCACCGUCAGUGCCGCUUAUAGGCCCGACCCUUCGGCCCCGAAGCUGAAGACUGCUGCGCUUGAUGCUGCAGCAUUCACUCGUUUACUCGGUCCUCUUCGUGAAAUCAUGGAACGGAAAGCUAGCGAAAGCUACAGCGGCUACCGUCCCAAUCCUCGGUAA